CGGACGCAAGCAAAGCGAAGCUACUUCGCCUUCCAAAUCUCGAAUCCACUCGAGUGAGCGCAACCGUGAUCCGCAAAAGCAAGCGAAUUCUUAAUCCCCAGGCGCACAGCGACAGCCCAUCGACCAUGGCGGCGGCUCUCCAUGCGCAGCGACUCUUCUUGACGGCCUCCACCUCUUCGCCGUCCUCGUCCUGGACCGCGCGCCGGCCGCGGCGGAGCGCCGCUGUUCCCUGCCGCGCGGCCCUGCGCGUGCCUAGCGGUCUGCAAACGUCGGCCGCCAGCCCCGCGGACCUCACCCUCAAGCUGGACUGGAUCGACGCGCGCGUCCCGGCGGCGGCGGCGCAGGACGGAGCGGCGGUCGAGAAGCUCCGCGCGGUGGCGGAGGCGGCGGCGGACCGCGCGGAGAUGCACGACAUCAUCGGGCGGCAGCGGGACAACUGGAACCACCUGCUGCUCCACUCCACCAACUCCCUGACCCUCGCGGCCUCCGUCAUGGCCGCGCUCGCGCCCGCCGCGCCCGGCACCGUGGGCGCGCUCAAGGCCUCCGCGGGGGCGCUCCUCGCCACCGCGGCGGUCACCAUGGCCGCGGUCAACAGGAUCCAGCCGUCGCAGCUCGCCGAGGAGCAGCGCAACGCCACGCGCCUCUGGAGGCAGCUGGAGCGCGACGUCCGCGCGGACCUCGACGGCCACCACAGGACGGCGCCGAUCACCGAGGCUGACGUGCAGGACGCCAUGGACCGGGUGCUUGCGCUCGACGCCGCGUACCCUCUGCCGCUGCUCCCCGGGAUGCUCGAUAAGUUCCCCAAGGCCGUCGAGCCCGCCCGGUGGUGGCCGCGCCGCCGCCCUCAACAGCUGAAGAGCAAGAGGCCCAAGAGCUUCGGCCGCCGCUCCGGCAACGGAAACACCAACAACGGGUGGACGCCGGAGCUGGAGGAGGAGAUGCGGGGGCUCCUGCGCGUGCUCAAGGCCAAGGACGAGCACCAGUACCUUUCCGUCGGCAAGCUGGUCCUCACCCUCAACCGCGGCCUCGCCGUGGCCGGUCCGGCCCUCGCCGGCACCGCCGCCAUCGCCGCGGCCUUCAUCGGCAGCAGCAGCGGCAACGGCGACGCCGGCUCCUGGGCGUCCGGCGCCGCCGCCCUCUGCGGCGCGCUGGCGGCGGCGGCGAACACGGUGGAGCACGGGGGUCAGCUGGGGAUGCUGUUCGAGCUGCUCCGGAACUGCGCGGGGUUCUACCGCAAGAUACAGGAGGACAUCGAGGCGGCGCUUGGGGAGCCCGACGCGGAGAGGAGGGAGGACGGGGAGGUGUUCGAGACCAAGGUAGCGCUGCUGCUGGGCCGGAGCGCGUCGGACCUCCGGCAGUUCCGGCGGAUGGCGUCGGCGUCGGUUAGGGACGAGGACAUCAAGGACUACGCCGGCAAGCUCUUCUGAGCAGCAAAGAUUGCAUGGGAAAUGUGCAUAGAUACCAACACUAAUUAGAGUCCCGGACAGAUUGAAGUUCCUGGGAAUUCCAUUCAUUCGUUCAUUCUUUUGUAACAAAGUCAAACCGUAAUCACAAUUCUUUGAUUCAUCCGAUUU